CAAGGCUAACGGCGUGUUGACCGAAGCUCCGGUGUGCAGGUGGAGUUAAACAUGUUCAGAUGGGGUGGAGUUAAUUGUUGCUGGAGCAGAAGAAAAAAAAACGUGCCAAUCAAUUGAACUUUGAAACUUGAAGCAAACAGACAGAAUGGCUACCGAUUUUACUCAGGAUUCGGUGUUGCACUUUCUCCAAUUAAAGGGUGGGAGAGUGAAGAACUCGGACCUGUUGGCGCACUUCAAAACGUUCUUACGCGACCACGAGAACCAGACGCACAACCGGCAACUGUUUAAAACGUUUGUGAACUCUGUGGCUGUGGUGAAACCAGAGGAGGGAGUAUCAUACGUUGUGCUAAGGAAGAAAUGUCUGGGGCAGGUUGCUGGAGAUAUCGCCGCCGCAUACCACUCACCAAAGCCUCGCGCUAGACAACAACCGGCGCCACAGGCGAGACCGAGGGAGAGAGACCAGUCAUCGAGAGCUCCGGUAAACCGAAACCAGCAGAGAGGUCAGAAGGGACUGAUUGAGACGCACUUUCAUGAAUUACACGUUCCACCAGGCGACACCAACCAACUCACCGACAAGGUAUUAGCCUCGGCUGGAAUUGUCAACAAUAACCAUGUGGAAACAACUAUCAAUUACGAAAAGCCUAUCCAAUGCUCCUCGCCACAUGUGCCAGACCAUGCCUCACCUCCUAUAUACAACAGAGAUGCACCAUUCCUCCCAUCGUACAAUGCGGCAAUAUCAAAGUGGUCAGAAGAUGGGAGUGGUCAGAGCUUUGAAGCAGAAUGGGAACUGAAUCACAAAGGUAUUUACAUCAGCGGUUCCGAACUUGGCCAGCAGUCAAAAGAACCAAAGAGGAAGGGGUCCUAUCCGCCCCCUCAGUUCCUAUACACAGAGGUGAAACCUCCAGCGUCUCACCCAACACUGGUGCAACAGAAUGCAGUGCAGACACAGAGGAAAACCUCUGAAGCUGACCACAGAAGGACAGCUACAGCAUGGCCACUGCUCACCACUCUAGAGCAUGCCAGCUCCUCUCCUUGUUUAUCUGAUGGUUACAGUCCUCCUGCUGCUCCACGCGCUCUACUGACCCCUGACCCCCAGGUGACGCGCAGUAACGGCAACUUGGAUGGCAGUUACCACCUCCACCAUAGGAUCCCACAGCAGCCCAGACCAAAACACGAUGGACUCCCAGCAGCUCCACUGCACGCUACACCUGCUUGUCAGCUGACGCAGAGCAAUGGCAGCCUACCUGUACCACAGAAGGAUGGAGUCCCAGCCCCUGUUCCUGACAUCCAGUAUCUGAAAGAGGAAGGAGCUGCUGUUACCCAGUCCAGAGCCCAGACCCUGCCUUUCCCACGCAGCCUACUCCUGGACUCUGCCUACCAGGACCACACUGCUGGGUGUAUUGAUGGGUUUGGGUACCCUGAGCACCACCACCAGGCCAGCUCUGACUUCUCCUCCAGCCACAGCAGUCUCUCCCUAGCCCAGUCACUGGACUCCAGGGAUGAGUGGCCCCAGCGUUCCCCUAGAGAGGAGUGGGCCAGCAAUGAAACUCUCAGCUACCAGGACCUGAACUACCCAGGUGAGCAGCAGAGGGUGAAAGUGCACGAUAUGCUCUGCCGUGCUCAGGAGGCCAAACUGCUCUCUCAGAUGCACCGCGCUGAGAGGAGAGCGCCCUGGCCUCACCAUCACUCCACCGGUUACCUUGACGAUGAGGCGAACAGAGCGUCUUCAUGGCACCACUCCACAGGUCAUCUCCAUGAUGACAAUGGGUCCAGGUCCAUUGAGUCCACCUUUCUUCCUGGUUCAGACCCCGAGCACCUCCUCCGACCCCCUGUUCGGCGAAUCAGCAGCCGGUUCCGCAGCCGUAUGUGCCGCAGCCUCGGAGCCGACCUGGACCAACUGUUCCCGGAGGACAGAGUCUCGGCACGGCACAACCGCCUCCACCUCCUCUCCUCCAACCUCAGCAUCAGCCACUCCUUCUCCACCCCCACCUUUCGUACACCCAGCUACAGAAACCUGAGGCGGGAGAUGCACUCCGGGUCCUCCAGUAACAAGAGCCUGAACGGAGCCUCUAACUCUGGCGGCCAUGACAGCUCCUACUUCCACUGCCACGAUCUGGUCCCCCUGGAGGCGAAGGAACAUGACUGGCUGGUGAAGGGCGCCACUGGGACCUGGACUGACAUCUACACCCUGUUCAGAGAUGAACCCAGCCUCCUCACCAAGAGAGACUUCAUCACUGGUUAUACCAUCCUGCACUGGAUCGCUAAACAUGGAGACCACCGGGUCCUCAACACACUCUGGUACGGAGUCAACAAAGCCGGGUUGAAACUGGACGUGGAUGUGAAGACUACCUGUGGCUACACGCCUCUUCACCUGGCCGCCAUCCACGGGAACAACAAGAUGAUCCGGCUGCUUGUUUAUAAGUUCAGGUCUAACGUGUCCCUCCGGGAUACCAGUGGGAAGAAGGCCUGGCAGUACGUGGGCCGGACCGGCCCCAAGGACCUGCUACAGAUGCUAGGGGCCCCUCACUGCUGGACUUCCACAGGGGGUAGCUCUACACCCUCAGGGGAGAGACCCACAAGGCCCGCUGUAACCUCAGCCACGGUAAAGAAGUCCAUGUCCAUCACUGGGUUCCUGAAGCAUAAAACCCUAGUAAAGUUCCCAGGAUGGGAGGGUUCUCAGUCUCCCGAAUCCUUUGUGUGAGAAUAGCGUGAACUUCAGGGUGAGUCUGCCUGCUCUGAGGGUGUGGCUACUGACAAGACCUACCACACAGCUCAAGGCUCUUACUAAGUAAGCCGUUUGGGGUCUUUUACAACUUUUAUUUGCCACUUAAAAACUUUCUUGGUUAUUUCAAAUGUUUUUCCAUUUAUUUGAAAAAAUGAAAAAGUAAAUAAGUCAAACCUAAUAAAUGAAUAAGAGGGUGGGAUUAUGUUAUUGAGCUGUCUAAAUGAACGUAUUGGGAUUAUGUUAUUGAGCUGUCUAAAUGAACGUAUUGUGAUUGGGAUUAUGUUAUUGAGCUGUCUAAAUGAACGUAUUGUGAUUGGGAUUAUGUUAUUGAG